AGCGGCCCUUGUGGAAGAUGGGCAUCCAUUUCCCGAUCACCACCCCAUCCAACCCCCCCCUUGGCAAAGCAACAUCUGGGAGUAACCCCAGUUGGUCAGCGUCUAGUUAGAAUCAUCCAGUCUUAUAAAAUAUACCUUCCUGCCUCCAGGGUGUGUAAUAAUCCUUUGCACACAGUAUUGCACAUGCUUUGGCCGUGCAGGAGUUCAUGACCUUUCCAUCACUGGAGGAGUCCUUGCCUUAAGAGAAAGAAAUUGAGAAGGAGGCGAUUGUCCGAUCUUCUUGGAAGCCACUUUGCAGCAAAGAGGGAAGAUGAAGGCAGAAUACUCUGCUGGCUCUGAAGCAGAAAGAGGCCCUGAUUCCAUUGAGCCUGGGAGCAGCGGAGGAUUCUGGGAAGGAAAAGUGCAGGAGAUCCUUGAUGAGAAGAACAGCAGCUCAAACAAACAGCGCCAGCGCUUCAGGCGUUUCCGCUACCAGGGGACUGGGGCCCCCCGAGAGGUUUGCAGCCAACUCCACCAUCUUUGCCAUCAGUGGCUGAAACCCGAAAGGCACACGAAGACUCAGAUCCUGGACUUGGUGAUCCUAGAGCAGCUCCUGGCUGUCCUUCCACCGGAGAUGGCGGACUGGGUCAGAGAGUGUGGAGCGGAGACCACUUCCCAGGCGGUGGCGGUGGCAGAAGGCUUCCUCCUGAGUCAGGCAGAAGACAAGAAGCAGUCAGAGCAGCAGGCAGAGAAGCAGACAGAAGAGGCUGACCAUUUCCCUGAGACAGAGAAGGCUCCCCUGGAUCCCACACAGAGGCCGCUCUUCAGGUGGACCGUGCUGGAGGGUGACAGAGGUGCCGCCUCGCUGGGCAGUAUAGAAACAUCACUGAUGUGUCCCAGAUCUUCUCUCUGGGGUGAAGUGGAAAGGCCCGCUCUGCCCUCAGCUCAGGGUUUGGUGUCCUUUGAAGAGGUGACUGUAUGCUUCACUGAGGAGGAGUGGGCUCUGCUAGCUCCGGGCCAAAGGACUCUGCACAAAGAAGUCAUGCUGGAGAAUUAUAGGAAUGUGGCCUCUUUAGAAGAGCCUCCGAUUCCCAAAUCUGACCUCAUCUGGCACCCUGAAGAAAAGGAAGAUCUCUUUGGCCAGGACAGAUCAACAGCAGGGUGUGAGUGGGAGUCCGCAAAUGAAGAAGAAACACAUCAGGUGAUGGAGGAAAGCAAUACAUGUCCAGACAUGGAAGAGAAUGUUGGGAAUCAAGAUGGAAUGAAGAAGCAGGAGGGAGAUCAAACAAAUAAGGAGAUAAUUAAUUUCACUGCUUGUCUGGAUGGUGACGUCCGUGAAAUUCCAGUCCAUCAAAAAAAACAUAAAAGAGAGAGAAGGAUGAAGUGCCACACAAGUGGAAAUAGUUCUGCUCAUAAAGAAGUUCUUGAGAACCACUGGAAAACCCACACAGGAGAAAAACUAUACAAAUGUUUUAGUCAGAGCACAUGCCUUAUCUCCCAUCAGAGAAUUCAUACAAAGGAGAAACCAUUUAAAUGCUUGGAGUGUGGGAAGAGCUUCAGUCAAAGUGGAAAGCUUUCUUCACAUCAAAUAAUCCACACAGGGGAGAAACCGUUUAAAUGCCAAGAUUGUGGAAAGAGCUUCAAUCAGCGGACGAACCUUACUACUCAUCAGAGACUUCACACAGAGGAGAAACCAUUUAAAUGCCUGGAGUGUGGGAAAAGUUUCAGUCAGAGGACACAUCUUACUACUCAUCAGAGAAUUCAUACAGAGGAAAAACCAUUCAAAUGCCUGGAAUGUGGGAAAAGCUUCAAUCAGCGGACAAACCUUACUACUCAUCAGAGAGUUCACACAGAGGAGAAACCCUUUGAAUGCCUGGAGUGUGGAAAAAGCUUCAGUCAGAGGACACACCUGACUACUCAUCACAGAAUCCACACAGGAGAGAAGCCAUUUAAAUGUCUUCAAUGUGGAAAGAGCUUCAAUCAGAGUGGAAAGCUUAUUUUACAUCACAGAAUCCACACAGGGGAGAAACCAUUUAAAUGUGUGGAGUGUGGAAAGAGCUUCAGUCAGAGGACAAACCUUAUCACUCAUCAGAGAAUUCACACAGAAGAGAAGCCAUUUAAAUGCUUGGAGUGUGGAAAGAGUUUUGCCAAUUGCCCAAGUCUUAUUUCACAUGCAAGAGUUCACAAUGGUGAGAAACCAUAUGAAUGUCUGGAAUGUGGAAAAAGUUUCAAUCGAAGUGGACAGCUUACAUCCCAUCAAAGAACCCACACAGGAGAGAGACCAUUUAAAUGUCUGGAGUGUGGAAAGGGCUUCAGACAGAGAACACAUCUUACUACUCAUCAGAUAAUUCACACUGAGGAAAAACCCUUUAAAUGCCUCGAGUGUGGAAAGAGCUUUAAUCAGAGGACAAACCUUACUACUCAUCAGAGAAUUCACACAGAGGAGAAACCUUUUAAAUGCCUGGAGUGUGGAAAGAACUUCAGUCAGAGAAGACAUCUUACUACUCAUCACAGAAUCCACACAGGGGAAAAGCCAUUUAAAUGUCUGCAGUGUGGAAAGAGCUUCAUUCAGAGUGGAAAGCUUGUUUCACAUCAAAGAAUCCACCGAGGGGAGAAACCAUUUAAUUGUCUGGAGUGUGGAAAGAAUUUCAUCCGGAUUGAUGCACUUACUGUACACUACAGAAUUCACACAGGAGAAAAACCAUUUAAAUGCAUGGACUGUGGAAUGAGCUUUAGCUGCAGGGGUGCCUUUACAAAACAUCACAGAAUACACACAGGGGAGAAACCAUAUCAGUGCCUGGAAUGUGGAAAGACCUUCAAUCAGAGUGGAAAUCUUAUUAGGCAUCAAAGAAUACACACAGGAGAAAAACCAUAUCAAUGCCUGGAGUGUGGAAUGAGCUUCAAUCAUAGAGGAAGCCUUUCUUACCAUCAAGAGCACACACAUUAUUUAACAUCAAAAAAUUCAUGAGGUAAAAUGCUAGAGUAUGGAAAAGCUUAUUGUGUGAGGCAACCAAUUAAUAUAACAUAAAUAAUAUUUAAAUAAUAAGCCUUUGUUGGAACCAUUACUCCACUUCAAAGAGUCCAUGUAAGGGGCAAUCAGCAAAACCCGAUAGGGUCAAAGCUCUAAUCAUAAAGUAGGCCUUCACAGACAUUGAAGUAUUCACAUAUGGGAAGGCCCUACAAGUGCUAAUGUAGCAGGUGCAUUUGCAAUAAACCAAGUUUAAAAUCCUGGGAUGUAGAAAGUAGUUUCAUUUCUCCAUGAAUAGAAAUCUUACUUCACAUCAAGUCUACACAGGAAAGUAAAUAAUAUAAAUGCACAGAGAACAUAGGAAAAUCCCUGCUGGAUCAGGCCAACAUCCCAUCUAGACCAGCAUCCUGUUCCUUGCCGUGGCCAACCAGAUCCCUAUGGACAGCCUGCAAGCAAGCAAGUAAUGAGCUUUCUUGAUGAAGGAAAACUGAUGUUAUGAAGCUACCCCCAAAUCCUUUGUGUGAAGGUGACUUCAUGGUAAAAUGCCCCAGAUCUCCAAUAUCCCAGGUUUUGGACAGAGUUUGGCUUAACAUCAUGUGCCCCUGGUUUCAGAAAACAGACAGAGGGGCACUGAAACCAGUACAACUUGCAAGUAUCUCUCCAGCCUAGGACUCUUCCUCCCAAAGAAGCCUGAAUCCCCUUCUGGCAAAAGAAAUCUUGCAUUCCCCAUCCCUCUCUAACUCACCUUUCUCUCAAUCUAGAAGCUAAACAUUUUGCACUAACUCCUAUAUUUCUGCUUUAGUGAGUCCAUCGGCCAACGAAAAGCUGCUCUAUCUCUCCCUAAUACUUUACAAAGAGCCCUGAUCACUUUUCUAACAUGACUGCCUUCUCUGUGUCUGCCAUCGACAAAUCCCUCUGCCCUCAAAUCCAUUUGCACCCCCAACAUUGGCCCCCUUUUCUACCUGGAUCCUCCUGGAACCCUCAUUUGCAAAAAAAAACCACCCUGAAAUCCUCUAAUUGUUUUCUUUCUCUUCUCCCUCCCUCCCUCCGCUACUUCCAAAGUCAGCUACACACACAGACACAUGUACAGAUUUAUUUUCUUUGAGGUCCUUUAGGGCAGACAUUUGCUUUUUCAAUUUUUCGGCCUUUUGCUGUUUCAUCUCUGUUUGCAAGGCUUGAAGUUUAAAUUCGCCUCCCACUAUUUUAUUUCUGUAUUUUUUUUAUUCACCAUAUUUAUAGUUCACCCAAAGGUCCCAAGGGGUAAUUAUGUAAAAUCAAACUCCAAAAUUAAACAAGAAUAUUAAAACAUAGCAAACAUAGGAAUCUGCCUUAUACUGUUUUAAUUUGGAUUCCUGCAUUGAGCAAGGGGUUGAACUUGAUGGCCUUACAGAACCCUUCCAACUCUUACUAUUCUAUGAUUACACUGAAUUAGAAUGUUCCCUCUAGCUCAGUAUUGUUGACACUGACUGGCAGCAGCUCUUCAAGGUUUCAGGCAGGGCCUGUUAUCAUUUAUCAUUGCCAUAUAGUUUUUUUUCCCCAUUUCAUAGAAUAGUAGAGUUGGAAGGGGCUUAUAAGGCCAUUGAGUCCAACCUGUAGGUGUGUUUCUAAAACCCCUUUAAAAAUGUAACUAUAGUUUUCAAGGUUUGGGUCUUUUUAAGGUCUCUUAUGCCCUUGGUGGUGCCCAGGGUUCAAUGUUAAAAAGAUCCCUAUAUAUGAGAGAAUUGCAUGUUAGAAUAAAAUGCUCUUGCACGUAACCCAGGAGGACAUACUUAAUAACACUUUAUUUUAUCAUCCAGUGCUCACGGGAGUAACUGCCUGAAUACCUGAUGUGUGGAAAGGAUGUCAAAUAGAACAUGUGCUUUAAUUAGACACUGGAGAAAUCGCAGCAGGUAAAAACUACAAGCAUGUUUUAUGCGUGGAAGAAAUCUCAGGAGAACCAGCAUCUUAAUCUAAAGAUUACAUGGAGCAGAGUGAUUUGCUCACACUUUCUCUAGGCCAAGGGUUGCCAAUGUCAUGCUCUCCAGAUACUGUGGACUCCAACUCCCAUCAGCCCCGGCCAAUGUGGCCAAAAUAACUGGUGGGCACCACGUUGGCUACUUCAGUUCUAGACCUUUGCUUCUUGUUUGACCUGCCCUUAACACCAGAGCGGGUGCUGUUAAAAAAAGUUGGACAAAGAGGAGGUCUAGACCUAUAGAGCCUUGAUUAAAAUAACAACAUGGUGUUGCAUUGACUGCAUACUGUCCAUCCACCAAGGGGGUGGUGAUAAGUCCUACCUUUUAGUUACAAGAUAAACAAUUCAGCUCUUUGAUUCCUGGGAUAAUGUCAUUCAGCCUCAUAUUAUUACCUAGCAAUGAAAUUCACUUUGUCUGGCCACGCUCUUCUGUUGUUCAUUUUGUGGAAGGUUCAAGGCAAGGGUGUAGUAAAGUGGUAGGUGGAAUUGUGUGUUCCAUGUGUGUAUUUAUAGUUUACCUUGCAUGCUGACCUUCUGAAGUAUAUCCCUGUUCUUAUUUUUGGGGUUCAGGGUGCUGGGCCAGUGGGCACAUUUGGAAUUUUUGAGGAAGUGCCGUGGGCACCAGUCACAAAAUGGCUGCCGCGGGGCGUUCAAAUAGAAAGUGCAUUCAAAUAGAAACACAGGAAGCUGCCUUAUACAGAAUCAGACCAUUGGUCCAUCGAGUUCACUAUUGUCUACACUGGCUGGCAGCGGCUCUCCGGUAUUUCAGUUGGAAAGCAUUCACAGCCCUACAUGGAGAUGCCAAGGUUUGAACCUGGGACCUUCUGCAUGCAAAGCACAUGCUCUGUUGCUGCUGUGAGGUGCGUGGCAUAACGCAAAAUGGUUGUCACAUUUAAAAGACAAAAAAAAGAUAUAGGAAAACAGCAUGGUGCAUGCAUGCCCCCCUCCCCCAGUCUUGUGCAGUAGGGAGUUCUGAGGGGAUAUUUACGGAUACAUUUUGCAGAUACUCUAGGAUGUAAUGGCAGGCACACUGGCACCUCCCAGCGCUGGGUUGGUGACCCUUUGCCUGUCUGUUUCGUUUAGAUUUCCAGAUUCUGAAAUGAGGGGAACUGCCGAGACAAGGGGUUGCUAUGGUGACUGCUAGGCCUUGGCCAAACUGGGCCACUGCUGGAGUGGUCUGAAGGAGGUAGGAAGCUGGAAACUCUGGUAGGGCCCUGGGCUCACAUCAAGUUUCCCCAAACCAAGGAGGGAGCCGUUUCUGGACGUUAAAAGUGUUCUGGUGGAUUUUCCCCCCUUCCUGAGAACCAAAUUUUAGUUUAAUUAAUCCCCUAGUUUAAUUUAGGGGAAAUUAAAGCUACCAAUCAGAAGGCAGGAAAAGGGAGCAGGGAAAAACUUCCAUCUCAUUUUCACAUUUUUUCCUCCUGAUGCCUUCUUGUGCUGUAACUUACCUUUUCUUUGGAAAACAGAACAAGAGAUGGAAGAAAAGCUUGCCGUUACACCGAGUUCUUGCUGCUUGUAAUAUUUUCACAUGGCAUUAGAGGGUUUUUUUUUUCCCUGCCAACUUUUUUAUACAGCUCUGAUUAAACUUUGUUUCUACUUUGGGGAGAUUUUACUUCUCCCUUCUCAGAAUGGCUCCUUCUGUUUUCUACCCAGCUUUGGCUGCACUGGAUUUUUAAUCGUUCUGAUUCUUUGUCACACUGAGCUAGCUUUACCAGAACUUUAAACAGGUUUCGUUCUUAAAGGUUUUAUUUUCUUUUAUGCCUUUGUGAAGUUCAGACUGCUGUUUUUAAACAUGAUUCUCGUUUCCAUCAGGAUUAUUUCACCCCUAAAAACCUUACCAGUGGCCCUCCAGAUGUUGCUGUGCCACAACUCCCAUCAUCUCUAGCCAUUGGCCAUGCUGGCUGGCGCUGAUGUGAGUCAGGAGUCCAGCAACCUCUGGAGGGCCACAGAUGUUCUUUUCGCCUUGCUUUAGGCCAAACUGCUCUACAGCUGGGAACAUAGCAACCUUUGACGAGAGGGCCGGUGGAGUUUACGGGGGCCAAUGUAGCAUUUAGUAAUGGUUACAUUGUAAAUUCAUUUUAAUCUUGGAUAUUGUAAUCCUUGCAUGUAAAAGCCACUUUACUUGAUACAGAUUGUUCCAGGCUUAAUUCUCCCAUGUAAUCUUUGUGACCUAAUUCCUGCCCACCCUGCAUACCCCUUUUCCUUAUAUUUUCCCUUCCCCGAGAUGAUACAUUAAUUAAUGUGCUUUGGAUUUUCUUCUGAUAUGCUUUGUAGAUUACCCAUGCACCUUUCAUAAACUGAGAUGCAUCCAC